GCUGGGGGUUGCUUACAGCCACCCUGUCUCUUAAUGCCUUACCAUCUGCUGCAGCCCUGGGUUCUCUUCUGAUGGUCAAUCGGAAGCUGUCUGAAUUUCCUGCCGUCUAUAACAGAUCUCUGUCCUCUUGUUGCUGUUGGUUUUCGAGACAGGAUUUCUCUGGCUGUCCUGGAACUUGCUUUGAGGACCCGGCUGGCCUUGAAUUCACAGACAUCCUACUACUGCUUUUGCCUCCCGAGUGCUGGGGUUAAGGUGUAUGCCCCCACUGCCUGUCUGAUCACUGCAUUUUUUAAACUAAAAGUUGUACGAACUGGGGCCUGGGCCACAACUCAGAGCCUUCCACUGCUCUGAAGGAGGUAAAUGGGCGGAGAGCGUGGGCUGAGAAGGUGGUGAGUCAGAGGAACUAGCCGUGUCAGAGGCUGGGGACAGGCCUGAGGAUGUUCCCAUGGAAGAGGCCAGGGGCCGUUUGGGCAGUGGGGAUGCCUGACUGAUAACCCACAGCACAUACUUCUGCAGUGUGCACUCUCUGUCUCUCUCCAGCCCCUAGACUUCAGAAAUGCCUAUGAUGUUUGUGACUGCCAGUGGACUGUAGACUUGGUGGGACUCUAAGAAGGGACAGAAGGAUGGCAGGGGCAUGGGGAAAGCAGAGGGCUGAACUCAAAGAAGGCUGUGGAGGGGUCAGUAGCCCAACUCUGGAGACUUUCAGAACCUUCCCCAGGUCAUGGGACAGUUCUCUAUAGACCAUUAAAUGCUUAGUGUGUCAGAACCCCAGCUGGCUUCACAUGUCUAGACCACUUUGCACCUGUGUGUGUUUGAGAGUAUACACACACACAUGCUCAUGUAUGUUGUAUGUGGAAGCCAGAAAUUGUUGGUUAUCUUCCUCAAUUGCUCAACACUGUUUUUUGAGACUAAACUCUCACUAAACCGAGAGCUGUGCUGGCCGGCAAACUCUAGGAAUCCUCCUGUCUCUGUCUCCCUAGGACUGGGAAUACAGACCCUGCUCUGCCAUACUCAUUUGGGGAUCUGAACGCAGGUCCUUGUAUUUGUACAUGAACUUUAAAGGCUGAGCCGUCUAGGCAGUCUCUAGGCUGCACCUUUAAGGAUCUGUAUAUUAUUACUGAAGGCUUGGAGAAGGCCUUUUCCAUGUGAUGAUCACCAAGUGUGCAGCUCUGGGCACCAUAGCUGGUCUCACCACAGGCCUUUGAUUCCCGAUGGGCCACGGCCUGCUGUCUGCAUCCACAAGCCUCAAUGAGAGUUCCCCUCCUUGAGGUCCAGGGACCGAGUUUGUCCUCCAACACAAUCUUCUCUGGGCCCGAUGAAAGGGAGGGGAGUUACCAUAUUUUCACGUUUAAGUUCUGACUGGUACUGAGCAAGCAUGCUCCUCUGUACCAAGGCCUAGGCUGUUUUGAAGGCUCUCGGUACAGGUUGUCAGAUCGCCUUCUGGAAGCCACCCACAGCUGAAAGCUGGCAGGCACCCACUUGAUAAAUCUCUGCCAACUUGUUAUGAAAAAGAAGUUUCGUUUCGUUUUUACUUCUUUGAUUACGUGUGAGGUGUGUUUAAAAAAAUAUCCGUGUUACUUAUUUUUGAAUGGAGUUAGUAAUCAUGAAAAUGAUUUCAAAUGUCAUCCAAUUUCUGUUUAGCUGUAAGAAAACAAAUCGGUUCAGAGAAAGAAGGGAAUGUCUUGUUAUCUGUGUGGCUUUUGUUAUGAGAGUAGGAAGACCAAAAGGGGAACGAAAAGGAAAACAAGCAAAUAGCUGGCAAGUGGGGAGCGAGAUGGGAGAGAAACCCCAGCAAGGAUGAAAGAGCACAGUGUGGAGCUGUUGUGCACCGUCUCUGGGACCCCAGCAAGCACCCAGCAUUUGAGAAGCGGUGAUGGAGAAAGAGAGACCGGGCGGACGUUCUUCUCCAUCUUCCAGAAAAGAAACCCUUGUGGCAAGAACAUGAGCCGCCUAAACACAAGCGACAGCUGCUCGUUCGUGGACGUGGAUACGAUGAUGAGUACCUUGCAGCUGGCAGUCCACAUCCCCACCUUCCUCCUGGGCCUGGUCCUCAAUCUCUUGGCUAUCCGAGGCUUCAGUACCUUCCUGAGGAAGAGGCAGCCAGAAUACAUUGCCACUUCCAUCUACAUGAUUAACUUGGCCGUCUUCGACUUACUGCUUGUGCUCUCGCUCCCGUUCAAGAUGGUCCUGCCGCAAGUGGACUCCCCCUCCCGCGGCUUCUGCACGCUGGUGGAGUGCCUCUACUUCAUCAGCAUGUACGGGAGUAUUUUCACCAUCUGCUUCAUCAGCCUGGACAGGUUCCUGGCCAUGCAGUACCCACUCCUGGUCAGCUACUUCCGGUCCCCCAGGAAGACCUUUGGGAUCUGCUGCGUCCUCUGGAUCCUGGUGUGGAUCGGAAGCAUCCCCAUCUACACUUUCCACAGGGAGGUGGAGAACUACAAGUGCUUCCACAACAUGUCCGACGGCACCUGGAGCGCCAAGGUCUUCUUCCCCCUGGAGAUCUUUGGCUUCCUCCUUCCCAUGAGCAUCAUGGGCUUCUGUUCCUAUAGGAGCAUCCGCAUCCUGAUGGGCCGAAGGGAGUACACCCAGGACUGGGUCCGGCAGAGAGCCUGCAUCUGGACCAUCGCUAUCAACCUUGUCAUCUUCGUGGUCUCCUUUCUGCCGGUGCACUUGGGGUUCUUCCUGCAGUUCCUGGUGAGGAACAGCUUUAUCUCGGAGUGCAGAGUCAAGCAGAGCAUCAGCUUGUUCCUGCAGCUGUCCCUGUGUUUCUCCAACAUCAACUGCUGCCUGGAUGUUUUCUGCUAUUACUUUGUCAUCAAAGAAUUUCGCAUGGGCCUCAAGGCCCACCGGCCUUCCCGAGUCCAGCUGGUCCAGCAGGACACCACGAUCUCCAGGGCUUAAGGGAAGGUACCCCAAGGGAGGGAAAGCCCAGUCCCAAAUUCUCACAAGAAACACCCUGUGCCUCUUUAACAUUUGCUCGCUACCAUCUUUGUUCCUUAUCCCCCUAAGACCUUCCCACAGCAUCUGGACGGCUGACGUAUGUCACCCUUGGUUUGCGUUUGCUAAAGAACCAGGUGACUUCUCCAUUUCUAAGUCCAAAAUGUAGGAAGCAGAAGAAUCGAAAAAAGAAAACGUAACUUUAGAAGCCUGUUUCUCAGCUUUCCCAUCUUUCUAUUCUGUUGGAAGAGUCGAGAAAGGGAGAGAUGGAGAAAGGGGUAGGGCUGGGAUUCGAGAGCAUUUUGGCAGAGAUACAGGGAGGGGGAAAAUAUGCCUUCAAGAUGGAGCAAGCUUGCACUUUUCUCCAGGCCCUUCUGAAGCUCUGUUGGCAAUGACCCCACAGAAAUGAUGACAAAGAGGGCUUUUAAGAGUUGAAAAGAUUUCCUUCCAGCCCUGGAAAGGCGCAAGAGGCCAUCCAAACCUUCUUAUGCCUUUGAGACGGACUAGAUGGAGGGAGGGGGCUGUGUGAGACAGGUCAUGGGGAAGCAGGAGACACUAUGGGGCCAAUGGGGACAGCCUGGAAAGAGAGCAAAAUGGAAAAGGUCUAGAAUACACUCAGGGAAGGAAAGAGACACACCCGCGCUGGAACUGGAUGCCCGCUCUCCUAAUGCCAUCAGUAGUAGCGCUGUCCCAGGACUCAGACAACCUAAAAAAGAUAGCUCUCUCGAAGGUGACCAUCCUUCUCCCUUGGACAGCCUAGAAACCGAUCAUGGGACCAGUAGGAAGGAAGCAAGGUUCAGUCAUCACAGAAUGAAGGAGGAGUCCUUAUUGGGUCCUUUCACUGGUGACAGGUCUAGGGAGCUGGCUAGGAACUGGAGGGAGGAGAGGGGGUGGCUUUCUUCACUAGGCAGCAGGAAGGCCUGGGUUGGAAGAAGGUGGUGAGGCGCUCAUCAGUUCCUGGAGGGAAACUCCAGACAGCUGAAUCAGUGUUGGAGCCUUCAUGGGCUCUUCUCGCUCUGGCGGAGGCGCUCACAGUGACAGCUGCGAGCUUCACUUGCCAUGACUCAGCCGUUCCGGAGAGUGAAACGAUUAGACGGAUAAAUUGUGGGGUGCUUUUGCAAGGCGGAAGGAGUGGGAUGAGGAGAGACGCAUGAGACUUCACACGAAUAAGACACAAGGUCUUUAGGAAGAGAAGCAGCUACAGCCCUGACUCACUGGAGCCCAGGGAUGAGAGACUGGGGGAGGGGUGGUGGCGUGGGGAGGGAUGGGAGAAGAUGGCGGUGUGCCUCUCAUCUGGGACCUGCCCACAGAGCGGAAGAUGGAAGUGAGGCAAGGUGUUGGAGACAGGAGGAGCAGGAAGGAGGGGAAGAGCAGGGAGAGGGAGAGGAGAGGAGAGGAAAGAAAAGGAGGCGAGGAGGAGAAAGGUAGAUGGAUGGGACUGAAGGGCUGAGGCAGGGAGAGACUAGGAAGGGUCCUUAGGGAAGAAGGUAAAGGCAGAGCAGCUUCCUCCUGAGAGUCUAUCAUCGUCCUUGGAUUGGAAGCCAAGGAAGAGUUGGUACUUCCAGGUCAUGGUGGCUGUGGCAGUGUUUAGGUGGCGCUGUGGAGCCACCUUUGGGCCUCUGAAGGAAAAGCGUCAAGGGUCUUGGCCAUGGCUGUGGAGGAUGAGAGUCUCAGAUCCAGAGCCCGCCUCAGAGUUGGGCCUCCAGUAGCCUGUCAGUGGAGACUCGGGGCCAUGCAGACCCGAAAUAAGGGCCCCAGCCUUGCAUUCUGUUUUGUCUCGCAGCUGUCCUGGCAGAGAUGCCAUUUGUGACUCCGAGACAGCCUGAGUGUCACAUCCAGCAGAACAUUUGUGGCCUUGGGACCACCUCCGCUGAAUUCUCUCUGUGUAAGGAGUCGUUAGCCCAUCCAGCAGAGUCAAAUAGUCCCCUCCAUGUGCAAGUGUGUCUCCCAGGUAGGCUUUCCCAGAGGAAAGGCUUAGCAGGCCUUGACUACCCACCAUCCCCAUUAAUGACCAAUGCUAAAACUGACCCGAUGGUGGAAAGAGCUUUGUGUCCCCAAGAGGAUCAUUGUCUAGAGGGCAGGGAAUCUAGAGCCUUAAACUGCAGAAGGGUUCCUGGAGGGGUACAGCAGUGUCAGAUCAGUGUGAUGACCCUAGAUCUGGAAAUGGGGACACAGGCUCGAGAACCCCCUGAUUCGUCCCCAAAGGGUGAGUGAAAGGAAGGAAAGUCUUGUCUUUUCCCAGGGAGACUUACCUGUGUGUGUCCAGACUCUGGGCGCUCGUUACCAGUCCUAUGGGUCCGUAAUUGGCUGUUGACCCAGCAGGACAGAAAAUAGGGACGUUUAGAGUUGGAGCACAGCCGAUGGCCAUCAGCGAGUCGGGUACACCCAGGACUUAGUUGUGGAAAAAGCCCAGAUUCCUAUUACUAAAGCCGAUGGGGCUAGAAGGUAUUGUUUGAGCAUAAACAUGACCUUAUUUGUACCCAGGCUAGAAAACCUGACAUAUCAGCUGCGUGUCCAGUUGUGAAAUCGAGCACAAAUUAACUGGAAAACCAAUUUGAUUAACAUGAUUUACCAAAUAAAUAAAUUCAUUCAACGCA